AUGGAUACUUUGAGUCCGCGUUUGAGGUUCGGGAGGAAAGAGGAGGAUGUGAAACUUAGGAAAAGAAAGUCACAACUGUACUCAAAAGAAGAUGAAGCACCUAUUCGGACAGGUUGGUUUCAUAGUUUAAUUGCGGCUUUUUGUGUAACUUUCCGUGUGACCAACUGUUUCCUGGUCCAGAGCAGCUUCGUUCCAGAUGAGUACUGGCAAUCUGUGGAGGUUGCCCAUCACAUGGUCUUCAAUUAUGGCUACCUGACGUGGGAAUGGAAGGAAGGCAUAAGAAGCUUCAGCUAUCCUUUCAUCUUUGCGGUCAUCUAUAAAAUACUACACUGGUUACAAUGCGACUCUGUUCAUCUUAUAUGGCUGCCCCGUCUACUUCAAGCACUCGUCGCUGCGUUUGCUGACAUUAAAUUCUUCUACCUCAUCAGAACACUGGAAGAUCGGGAAACUGCUAAAUGGACGUUUUUCUGCCACCUGUGCUCGUGGUUCACAUGGUUCUGUUGCACCAGAACGCUAGGCAACAGUGUGGAGGCCACCAUCACUUGCCUGGCUCUGGCCUAUUUCCCUUUGGCAACAUCCAAAACACAUAGCAGUAAAAAAUAUUUGAGCUUAGUUGCUUUGGCGAUUAUUUUUCGCCCAACGGCCCUGAUUGUCUGGCUCCCGCUGUUGAUUUACCAUUUCUGGCAUGAUGAAAGCAAACUCAGACUUGUGGUUCAUGACUACAUUCCUAUUGGGGCUUCAGCUAUUGUGAUUUCAACCAUAAUUGACUGCAUCUUCUAUGGAAAGUGGGUUUUGGUGCAAUUCAACUUCUUGAAGAUAAACAUCUUGGACGGAAUUGCCGGCUUUUACGGCACCCACCCCUGGCAUUGGUACUUCACGCAGGGCUUGCUUGUGAUAGUAGGCCCACAUGUCCCGUUCUUUAUUCACGGAUGCUACCUCGCUUUCAGAAGGUACAGAAUCCUGUUGGUGGCCAUCAUCUGGACCGUUGCAGUAUAUAGUUUCUUUCCUCACAAGGAGUUCCGAUUCAUCUACCCUGUGCUUCCCUUUUGUAUGAUCUUCUGUGGGGUAUCGAUGGCUCACAUGAGAGAAUGGCGACGAGCAGCCGCUUGUGGUUUGUUGGGAACCAACCUGUUUCUUGCUCUUUACACGGGCCUGAUUCACCAGCGCGGCACUCUGGAUGUCAUGAGCCACAUCCGCAUACUUUGUUACAACGUGUCAGAGCCGAACGUCCUCUUCCUCAUGCCCUGCCACUCCACGCCUUACUACAGCCACAUUCACUGUCCGCUAAAGAUGAGGUUCCUCGAGUGCCCACCUGACCUCGGCCAGGCUGGCUACGUGAACGAGGCUGACAGAUUUUACUAUGACCCGCUCCUCUGGCUCCAGACCUCUUUUCCACACAUGCGGUCACGUCCUACUCACUUGGUUCUCUUUGAUAUCCUGGAGAAGGAUAUUUCAGCAUUUCUUCAGGACUACGUGAAAACAACAGACAUAUUUCACACUCAUUUUCCAGAGGGAAAAAUUGGAAGAAGAAUCUUUAUUUAUGAACGACAUCAAAAAACAGGAAUAUCACAGCAAUAA